GUUAUUAGUGUUGUCGAAUUUCCAAUAAGACUUUUGUAAUGUUGACAUUCAUCUGUCCUUAAAUUAACGGUAGUUGGAUGGUGAUAUAUAUACACACACUGGAUUUUCUUAAAAUUUCGCUUUAAUAAAUUGCUCGUUUGUCAAUGCUUGUACACCUUCUCCUUACAACCAAUUCAAAAGCAUUCACGAAUUACAAAUUAUUGAUUAUAGUUCCAGAACAUUUAAAAACGAGAAUUAAACAUUACAAAGAUGCAUAUUAUCACUCUUCAAUACAUAAAUUUUUAUCUCUUGAACCAUAUACACGCGCGAGUUCCACAAGAGCACCACAGAUAUAUCACGAAGAAUGUCUGAGGUUAGAAAAAUUAUACUUCACAAAGUGGGCAGUACAUUAUCUAUCAAAAACUGGAGCAACUGAUAUCACUCUGUUGCGAAGUUAUGAAAAUGAAUACGAAGAGGCCAAGAAGGGAGAUGAAAAUGCUGACCCCCGUAGAGACUGGGGUGGACAGUUACGAGCAAGUAUUUCUAAGAAGUGGAAAGAGAGAGAACUUCUUGAUGACGUCGAAAGUGUUUACAUCGCUGAACCGUACACAAACGUGAAUGUGUAUAAAGAGGAACUGAAGAAACAGUUAACGAAUACUGGAAAUAAAAUUGAAGCUCAACUCAAUAAUGUCAAGCAAUUAGAAUCGAAGGCGAUACAAGCAGCAAAUAAACACAUGAAUAAUAGAGAUGAUAAGUCACUUGAAAAACAAUAUUAUGAAGCCUAUUCAACACUAGCCAAAGAAUUGCGUAAUCAUAUUUACAUAUUGUAUAAUAGUUUAUAUCAUUUAAUUGUAAAACUGUAA